CCGAAGAAGAAGCAGUGCUUCCGGUGUGGCCUAUGGUUCCGGUGGUGUCCGAAGUGAAACCGGAGUUUUUAUUUUAAAGUUUUUUUCGGUUCAGACGUGAAGUCUGCGUCACGCUGUGCGCGCGAGCUGCUCCGCUCUCAGAUGUCGUCUGGACUUGUGGCGCCCCCUGGAGGAGGAGAAGAGCUCUGCGAGUGGAGGAGGGAGGUGGGAUGUCAGUGGGAGAGUCCCCAGCAGGAGACGAGGGAGGUGGGAUGUCAGAGCGACUCGGCUCCAAGGAGAGACGCUGGCGUCCAGGUGGACCUGAUGAGACAUUUAGCCUCUCCGGCAGCUUCACCUGCGAUGCUGCUGCAGUGUUUCUCAGUCCGAUCUGACGGAGCAGACGGGGGGGCUCUGCUGCAGCACUGCACCACAACGCGCACCAGAACCAUCAAACCGGCCAUCAGGCUUUCCCCGAGUCUCACAGAGUCCAGGACCCAGAGGAGACCUCCGAGCUCCGACACAGCCAAACCAAACCCGCCCCCACGCCGCCGGCGCCGGCGCCGCGAGCCGCCUGAUACCGACCCGGAGGAUGAGGUGGAGGACACAGGUGAUCCCAACUGGACUCCACCUGCAGAUGGCGAUGCUCCCUCUCCGUCGCCCCCCCGGGACGCGGGGCCGGACCCGGGGUCCCGGCACGGCCCCUUGGUGAAGCUGGAGGUGGAGAGCAUCAUGUGUGACGUGUGUGGCAAAGUGAUGAAGAACAAGUCGAGUCUGGCUCGUCACUCCUUCAUCCACACGGGGAAGAAGCCGUUCGCCUGCCAGCUCUGCGACCUGCGCUUCAACCGCCGCGACAACCUGCAGCACCACCUGACCCGGCUGCACCCCAACGGCGUCCCCAGGCUGGAGAAGCAGCGCGAGGUGCAGGCCUGGCUGUGCGCUGUCUGCGGGAAAACCUUCAACUGCAGGUCCAGGCUGAAGGCUCAUGAGGUCGUCCACUCGGGGGUCAAACCUCACCGCUGCGACCUCUGCCCUAAAGCCUACAUGAGGACCAACGACCUGGAGCACCACAAGAGGAGCGUCCACGUGCCGGGCUCCUCCUCUCCUCCGCGGCCCAGCUCGCUGCUCUGUGACUUGUGCGGCAAAGAGUUCAAAUGCAGGUCGCAGCUCGUCAUCCACUUUCAGACUCACACCGGCGAGCGGCCGCAUCUCUGCGACACCUGCGGACGCAAGUUUGCCAGACAGCACCAGCUGAAACGUCACAAGAUCCUGGUCCACGCCAAGCAGCGGCGAGGAGAGGAGAACCCUCCGUACGACCUGCCCUUCGCCUGCAGCGUCUGCGGCAAGCGGGUAAAGUCCAGAGCUCUCCUCGCUGCUCACAGCCACAUCCACACCAGCGAGAAGCCACACCGCUGCGGCGUCUGUCUGCGCAGCUUCCAACGCGCCACCUGCCUGAAGCAGCAUCACCUGCGCGUCCACCUGAAGGUCAGAGUGAACAAGGCGCCGCACGCCUCCGGGUACAGGAAGUGCACAGCACAGGCCAAGACGUUCCCGUGUCCCAUCUGCAGCAAGACGUUCAAGUUCAAGUCUCUGCUGUCGAGCCACUCGUCGAUCCACAGCGAGCUCCGGCCUCACGCCUGUGACUUCUGCAGCCGCAGCUUCAGGCGCCUCAGCCACCUGAAGAGACACCGGGAGGUGGUGCACGCCAACGGGGCGCGCCCGCCACAGAGCUUCAUCUGCCACAUCUGUGGCAAAGACAAGAAGUGUCGCUCGCAGCUGGACAGGCACGUGAUCAUCCACACCGGGGAGCGGCCGUUCGCCUGCAGCCUCUGCACCGCGCGCUUCAACCGCAGCGGGAACCUGCAGCAGCACAGGAAGCGCGUGCACGGUGUGGGGAGGCCACCGCCCCCUGAGGAAGCCCCGCCCAUCCUGUUCGAUGAUGACAUGACGUGCAAACAGGAAGAGACGGCGGUGGAGGCUCCGGCCGAGCGCUUCGAGGUGGCAGUGACUGACGAGAUGGAGACGGAGGUCGUUCAGGAGCUCCUUGCUUCCUGACCUCUUGACCUCUAACCUCUUGACCUUUAACCUCGAGCCGACGCACGUUCAGAGGAAGUGACUUUGUGUUGAUAGUAAAUUCUGAACCUGAGUGAUCUGACGAUCAGCGAUCGAUUAGUUAUGAUUGAUUCAGAAUUAAACGUGAUUCAGAAAA